CGUUUGCGACGAAAUUCGGGCCGUUAACCGACGAUUAGCCGAGUGAUGUAUCGCGCGCUUCCGGGAACGUCGUGGAUACAGCUGAAAGAAACGCGGCGAACGUGCGAAAAAGGAGGACGUUUUGGUUAGACGAGCGAAAAUCGGGGAAAAAAAACAUCAAGCGGAUAAAUCGAUCAGGACAAAUUUUUAGACCGGGACGAAAUCGGUUUCGAAGGGAAGCGUUUUAAAGAGAAGUCCCCGAGUCCUGGUUAAUGGUGACCAAUCAACCCGGGCUUGUCGCCUUUUCUUCCAAAUACGCUACCAAAGCGUUCUCCGAGGAAUCUCCGAGCACUCGAACGGCAAGGAUCGUUAUCAGGAUCGUUAUCAGGAUCGAAACAACUGAUACUCGGAAGACGGUGCACGGAAAGAGAAAGCCUGGUACGAGUGCUCCGAGAUUUAGGGCCGUUGAAUGGAGCUCCAAUUCAUCAUGGACGGCACCGCAGAUGCUCUGAACGGGACCAUAUGGUUCCCAAACACCCCAUCCCCGCCGUACGAACAGCUGUCUCCUGUUCGUCAGAACAGGUGCGACGUCAUCGCCACCCAACACGCGUCAAUGGGAUAUCACAGUCAGCAAAAUUCUUUCUGGCAGGACAAGUACAACUCGCCGCAAAAUUCUCCCGAGAACGGUGUCCAAAUACGUUCGAACAGCGGAUCGCCCCAACAUCUGAGCUCAUCCACCGACCAUUCCGCCAGUUGCCAGCCGAGCAGCCUGAAACGUAGGGCUGGAGAGCCGUUGCAGCAAGUCACAGAGCUUGAAAAGAAGCAUGCUAAAAGGAACGGGUCUGUCGGAAGCAAUGGUUCCGGGCAAGGUUGGUCGACACAAGUGGAGGAACUGGCAGAACAUCUCGCCGCUGAUUUCGAUGGAUCUUUAUCAGCGCUCGCAGCAUCCGACCUCGCGACAGCCGUCGCCUCGUAUAACAUGAGCGAAGCCUUACUCGCUCUGCCAUCGCUGACGGUUUUCAAGCAAGAAGCACCAUCGCCUGAAAAUCAGCAAAAUUCCAACUUGAACCACGUGUCACACAGAACUAUCAAUUCAGCGCCAGCGAACAACUCGAACGGCACCGUCGAGGCUGACAGUAACAAUAAUGGUCAAACGGCAGCCAGUCUUCAUCAGUUACUUUACUCGUCCAACGAGGAGUACCCUCCAACAUCGUCCUCGGGGAAUCACGUUUCCUCUUCUCAGCAGGGAAACGAACACAAUGAGGACUGCCGCUUUCAGUACGUCCUGGCAGCGGCCACGAGCAUCGCAACGAAAGUCAACGAGGAGACGCUCACGUACCUGAACCAGGGACAAUCGUACGAGAUAAAACUGAAGAAACUGGGCGAUCUGUCCGCGUAUCGCGAGAAAAUUUUGAAGGGAUAUCCGACCUUUUUGUUUCAGUCGACGAUACGCAUAUGCUUCCACGAGAGGCGACUUCAGUACACGGAACGGGAGCAGAUGCUCGCUUGGCAACGCGCAAGACCCGGUGAAAGAUUACUGGAGGUUGAUGUGCCACUCAGCUACGGUAUGGUGGAAGUUUGUCAACCAUCUCCGUCGAAUAACAGCGUGGAAUUCAUGUGGGAUCCUACCAAGGAAGUUGGCGCUUACAUAAAGGUGAACUGCAUCAGCACCGAAUUCACGCCAAAAAAGCACGGUGGAGAAAAAGGCGUGCCGUUUCGAAUCCAAGUGGAGACACGGCUACCAGGUGGGCCCCGUCUGCAUGCCGCUUCUUGCCAAGUGAAAGUCUUCAAGUUAAAGGGAGCCGAUCGCAAGCAUAAACAAGAUCGGGACAAAAUUUUGCGACGACCGCCGCACGAGCAGGACAAAUACCAGCCAAGCUACGAUUGCACGGUUCUCUCCGACAUUCCUCUAGAGUCUUUAUCGUCGUCCAACCUAAUAGCCCAAAACGGAGAAAGUCCUUAUGCUUCAACGGAGGCAGUAUCACCCCAAUCCCGCUCGACCAUAAGUGGCAGUACUUCGCCCGUGGUUGCGCCAUUGGCACUGUCGGUUUCCAAUCCUUGUAUCGUACCACUGGUCCCUGCCUCGGACGCCACCAAGGAAAACGUGGGAACGGCACCGGCUCUGCCAUCGCCUGCGGCGAUUCUACCAGACCAGUCCUGCAUCAAAGCAGAAGUUAGUUUGCCCGCAAAGAAUUUAGACAACCCGAGGCAACUAGUACCGGUAUCAUCGUGCCUGGCUCCAUUGUCACCUGAUGCGAACGCAGCCCAAACAAACACGUGGCUUCGUGCAGGUCGUUUCAGUGCCUUCGAGUCCACGUUCGCGAGCUUCUCGGCUUCGGAUAUCUUGCGACUCUCUCGAGACGACUUGAUCCAAAUCUGCGGGCUGGUGGACGGUAUCAGACUGUUCAACGCGCUGCACUCGAAAGCACCGACCCCAAAACUCACUCUGUAUUUCUCGUUGGAAGACAAUGGUUCCCUUUGGAGGGUUGCCUACUUGGACAGUCUGAGCAGCAGCGCCUUGAUGAACAAGCUGCUGAACACCCUGAAUUUACCUCACGAUCGACUGCAUUCUGUACUCUUCCUUGGCCCACAGGGUAUCCAUGUUUUGGUUACCGAUGAAUUGGUAGCGAACAUGAAAGACGAAAGCAUGUACUUCGUUGAGACUAUCAAAGAUAACGCGAGCGAACGAUACAAGCUACUUCUGAAGCCGUCGUCGCGUCCCUAAAGUGCACAUCGAUUAAUAAAUUAAUAACAAAACUGGGUAAUAGCAAUCUUCCAUGUGUCCUACAUUGCCAAAUGCAUCUGUGAUUCGACGGGAAAUUAUUACGUAGAGAAGCAUUAAAAUGUUUACCACGUAAAUGUAAAUUUACCAGAGUUCUAUCCUUUUUCAAUACGUCAAUUACGAUGAAAAUUAUAGACGGAUUUUUGGAGUCGAUUUUGGAGUUAUUUCCUGAUAAAGGAACAGAACAGUGUAGGUGACAAUAUCUUUAAUUCUUAGCUAAUGGUAGACGACUACGCGAUCCUUUAAAGAUAAACGAUUCUUCGAAAGAAGACGAUAAUAUAAGUUCCUCGAAGAUGAGGACUUGUUUGCAAACGAAAAGAAAUCGAUUUUUACUGUAUAUUUAAUACUCAUUAGAAGGUUUCAGUAUAAUUGUAUCUCGAACGAUAUCUAUAUUUUUGACGCUUAAUAAGUGAGGUAUUUUCACCGUUACAAAAAUACGUACGUACAUAUAACGUGCAUAUAUUUCCUUCCGAUUUUUUUUCGUAGCUUAUAAGGAGAUCGUUUUUAGUUUGAAGUAUAUUUAGAGAAUAUCUAAGUCGCGGCAACAUCCGCUGUUACUCAAUCUUUGUGCCACGAGAGAAUUUGCAAAUCUAGUUUGCGAAAUGUUGUUGUUGUUACGAUUAUUCAUCAGCAACGAAUCUGUUGUAAUUAGAAAUUUACAGAUGUCAACUGGAGCGUUAGUCGACGACGCUGCUGAUGAGUAUGAUCUCUAUUUACACAAAGUGUAAUAUUUUUUAUUUCUAUAAAUUACAACGAUGUUAUGUAGUCCUGUAAGUCUGAAAAAAAAACGGAAAGUGUGCAUCACCGAUAGAAAAAAAGAAAAGUACAGUACCGAUGGUUCUGUUCUUCGAGAUUAAAAAGAGCGUCCGUAGAAGAAAAUACAAGUGCCUUUUCCGUUAUUAGCCGAACGUUAGAACUGUAAAAAUAACAAAGAGAUUAUCACGUCGAAAAAAAAUGAUGAAAAUGUUUAUUCUGUUUCGUAGUACAAAUUGAAAAGGAAACGAACAAUUUUCCUUGAAUGCUUCGAGGGUCUGGGAAAAAAAAACGCAUGAAGUAUUAUAAACUAUUUAUCAAACGCUAAAUCGUAAGUGUAAUGGAAUUCUUGCGAAGAUACGAACGGAUACGAAUCCACGAAACGCGACAAGUGUUUAUGGUACUGCUACCGACAGUUUUCUUUUUUUUUUCUCUCAUUUUUUCUAUAUUUUAUCUACGAUCGAACUGCAGCGGCGUAUCAAACAUGCUCGAUGCGACGUAUAACACGUAUCCGUUUGCAUCGUAAGUGACCUCGAAUGUACCGUGUAGCAAUUGAGAAGGCUUUACGCGUUAUUCGAAAGAACUGUCUAACAUUAGUGUACUUUAAGGUGUACUCCGCCGUGACACAAGGGGGAAAUUCGAGCGCAAAUUGGUAAACUGCAUGCAGUAUAGUCCAUUAGGAAUUUCCACCCAUGUCAUGUAUAUCACAAAACGGCACAAUAAAUAAUUCUCUGAUGCCAAAUUA